UCAACCCUCCCAGUUCGCUCAGUGCUCGUCACGUAAUCGUAAGCUAUACAGUAAUAAAUAAAAAAAUAUGUUCUUCAGACAUUUUAUUACACAUUUAAACAAAUUCCGCGCAUAAAAGUCAAGUUUUAAACAAAAAUUUAUUAUGGAUAACAGUGCAAAUCUGUGGCUUCUAAAACAAAGCUGUUAUUAUAUAAAUUGUGCAUUUUGAGCUAAGAAAUGUCAUUAUAUUUAGAAUGGCGUUACCAAUGAGAGCCGUCGUGGGAAAAUCACAUUUUAUAACACUCCGACUUCGUUAUGUAUUCUUACUUGUCACAAUAUUUUGUGGCAGCUUCCUAUUUAUUUUAAUCAAUAGUGGAAUUGAUAUAUCGUUUAUUAACAACCAAUUAAUUAGUUCUUCGUGGAAAAGACACAGAUAUGAUUUAAUUCACUCCGAUGACAUUUUCACAAUAAAAACAGAUGGCUGCACUAUUCCCGGGUUGAAUCCAUUUGCUGAAGACAUCAAAAAAUUUAUCGAAUACCCUAGGAAUAUAAAACCAUGCCAUCAAUCAAAUAUUUCGUUACUUGAUAACAACGAAACACAUAUAUGGAUAAAUAGGGAAAACAUCAAGUAUUACGAUGUGCCGCUUAGCACCCCUAAUAUUACCUGCUGUUAUAAAUCAUUUUAUAGACCCUUAGCAAUCGUUGAUAUUUAUUCUAUGGACGUAGAUGAUAGAGUAAAAUAUGAAGCAUGUAUUGAAUUUUCAAAUCAUAUAGAAGUUAUGAAUGAGUUUGUUAGAGUCACCUGUAAUUUUAAAGAAAGCAUAAUUUAUGAGCAGUUUUUUCUUUUCGCACCCAAGAAACCGUUCGUGUCAUUUAAGGACGAAUUUUCAGAAAUGCAAAUGAAUCAAACAUCGUUUAAUGUCGUAAUUAUGGGUAUUGAUGCUAUUUCAAGAUUAAACUUUUACAGAACAAUGCCUAAAACAUUAGCUUAUUUAAAAAAGAAAGGUGCCAUAGAGCUUUUUGGGUACAAUAAAGUUGGUGAUAAUACAUUUCCUAAUCUGACACCGAUACUUCUUGGGAUGAAGGAUACAGAUUUAAAGAAAACUUGCUGGCCUAAUACAAGAGCUACAUUUGAUAAUUGUCCUUUUAUCUGGGAUUGGUUUAAGGACGCUGGUUACUAUACUGCUCUUGGUGAAGACACUGCCAACUUAGGAACCUUCAAUUUUGAGAAAUUUGGAUUUAGUAGAACCCCGACAGACUACUACUUGCAUACAUUUAUGCACGAAGCCGAGCGCUACACCGGCAACAACAGAGAUUUUAAUUCAUUCAUAUGUAUGGGUAAUAAAUACUUUUACAAAGUUCUUUUAGAUUAUAUUGAGAAUUUAACAUUAACUCUAAAGUCUUCCAAGCUAUUUGGUUUCUUCUGGGAAGUAACAAUGAGUCAUGACUAUUUAAAUUAUCCUAUGGCGAUGGAUGACAAUUACGAAUCAUUUUUAAGAAAACUCGACAAUGCUCAAUAUUUGGAAGACACAAUUUUAAUAUUACUAAGCGACCAUGGCAUUAGGUGGGGUGACAUAAGAUUUACUAAGCAAGGUAGAUUAGAAGAGCGCUUGCCACUCAUACAUAUACUUCUGCCUAAUUCCUUUCGAAUAAACUUUUCACUGGCAUAUGAAAAUAUGAAAAUGAAUAGUCACCGUCUCACUACUCCCUUUGAUGUUUAUGCUACGUUAGUUGAUCUGAUUGAUGUUGAAGCACUAAAAAAUGAAAAUAUUAAAUUAAGAAGUACAACGUCCUAUGCCCAUGACAAAAGCAUCAGUUUGUUUUUACCUGUUCCAAAAAAUCGAACGUGUAAAACAGCGGGAAUAGAUGAUCAUUGGUGCACAUGUCAUAAAGGACAAAAAAUAUCAAUCAAUAGCAUCGAAGCAUACGAAGCAGCUGGAAAUUUAAUGUCUCAUUUAAACAUGCUGCUACGAGGCUACUCACAGUGUGCUCACCUCUCACUAGUAGAGGUAGUUGAAGUCACUGAAAUGAUUGCUGGCACGCCGAAUGAAAAGGAAGUAGGAUGGCGUGAAUUUUUAAUUGUAGUGCGCACAGCCCCUGGCGAUGGUGUUUUCGAAGCGACCCUCCGGCGCGAUUCCCGCGAGUGGUCUUUGGCAGGCACUGUGAGCCGCCUCAACGUGUACGGUGAUCAGGGUCAUUGCAUACACCAUUACCAACUCAAAUUAUAUUGUUAUUGUCAUUAACUCUACACUUGAAGAAUUGAAAUAUUUUUAGCAAAAUAAUAUUAGUAAAAAAAUCUGUGAUAUGAUAAUGGCGUAUUCAAA